GAUCGAUCGCCUCUCUCCACACGCUCUCGUCUUCUGCUUCUGCUUCUUCAUUUGUCGACAUUUCGCCGGACAAAGUCACCGGAGAGAGAGAUGGGAGGCGGAGGAGGAGGAGGGAACAUGCUGAGGGCCGUCGUCGGCGGCCGAGCAGCCACCAGGGGCGGCGGCGCCGGGCUCCACGAGCCCUUCUGCGCCGCUGCCACUAGCCCCAAUCCCGCUCCCGCCGGUCCGAAUUCAGCGUCCGCAAAAUCCGCCGCUUCUUCUCCUUCUUCUGCCAAGAAGAAGAAGCCCCGCAAGCUCGAUCGCGCUCGCCGCCGCUUCUCCCUCUCUUCUCCUCCUCCUCCUCCUUCCUCCGCCUUCAACGGUCUCCCGCGGCCUGCUGCUGCUGCUGCCACGGCCGGUGUCGUGAUGCCCACUUGGCCGCCGUAUCCUUCUUCACCCGAGCAGGACGAUAGCGAGUGGGUGUACGUGGACGGAAGAGGAGACGGUGAAAUCGCGAUUGGGUAUCACGAUGACGUCGUCCUCGGCCCUGUUCCUUCCAAGUGGGAGGUCGAAAACGCCGUCUCUGCUCUUCAACAGGUUUUUGACUCCACUCCCUAUCCCCGGAUUAGGGAUCGAUUUGGUCUUCCAAUGGAAGAGGAAAUAGUAAAUGAAUCUGAAGGCCAAUCAGGUUUAUGGGACCAGUGUUCUCGUGUUGGCUCAGAAAUCGACCAAGUUGACAUUGCUAAUACGUCUGAUAUGAGAACACUGCGUCCUUAUGGGCCUGAGAGAGUCUAUGAUGCUUUUAAUAUGUUAAAGACUGAGCCAGCUGUUCAGAGAAUGGUCGUUUCAUUAUCCUCAGAUAAAGCUGUUUGGGAUGCUGUGUUGAAUAAUGAGGUGGUAAAAGAGCUCAGGGAGUCAUAUCAUGCAGCUGAAAGUGAUGGCCAUCCAGAGGAAAGUCCAGAAGAGACUCCAGAGAAAAGUCCUGAUAAUUCGUACCCUGUCUUAAAUGCGGUGGGUUGGUUGUUUGAUAGUACAAGGGUAAAGCUUAUGGAAAUGAUUGAGGGAAUGGCAAACCUAGCCGGAAAGUUCUUCAAGCCGCCUGCUGGUAACCCAGAGACAAUAGCAAGACCAGUGGAUCUCUUUGGAGAUAAGCUGAGAGCAUCAUUUUUACUCUCGAUUGUGGUCCUGGUCGUUGUGGUCGUUGCUCGAGGCCGCAGGGGCUGAUCAUCAUUUGCCGACAUGACUCUGUAUGAAAGUAAUGACUACUUCCCGUAUGGUGAGAUGUUUGUGGGGUUUUAUGUGCACUCGAGAAACUACCAUGGUUCUGUACAGUAGGACCAUAUCUCCGCGUGCUUUUUCUUGUAAAGCAACGAUGCUGGAUUCAUUUUACAUUUUCUUCAAACUUGCCUUGGGAAUUAGGUGAUUUGCUUUUCAUGCUU